AUGAUUUUUGGCAAGCUUUUUUUGAUCUUUCCUAUGGUGUUUGUGGCAUUCAGUGCCGUUAUGGACCUGCUGGUGCUCAUUAACCAGAACUAUCACAGUGUUGCGCUAAAGAAUAUCCACUUCAUCAAGCUGAACACGUCCAACUUGCUGGACACAAGCAACACCACCGCUCUGUCACAGACUCUGGGCACUCUCGUGACAGGCGGAAUUGCCGACACGCUGGAACAGUAUCUUAGCAUUGGCGGUUCAGAGCUUGCUACGCUUGAGGAGCAACUCCAAACCGCAAUGGGCUUGCCUGCUUGGUACUCCAUCGACAAUACCACCGUCUCUAUCACACUUCCCAGCAAGGUCCAGACGGGAAUGAAGUUCGUGAAGAACGCAAUGUAUGCCAUGAAGGCGAUGUACGUCCUGGCCAUCUUGUUCUUCGUGCUUACCAUCCUCUCCGUCUUGAUCGCAUGUGUCCCAUUUUUUGGGCCCCUGUUCUACUCAGUCUUUUCCUUUUUUGGCACGCUGUUCAUGCUCGUUGCAUCAAUUAUUGCAGCUGCAAUGUUCCGCAUCAUUGCACAGCUUAUUCGCAAGGAGAUUAGUCCCCUUAACAUGCCUGUCGCGCUGGGCUCGCGGGUAUAUGCUUAUUCUUUCCUUUCCGUUGCAUCUGGAGUCGUAGCCAUCAUUCUGUUCGGCAUCACCGGCAUGUGUCCUUGA